CCUGGCGGAUCGGACACUACGUUUGUGUCGCUCUCAGUUUUGUUUUACACAGUUAUUAUUAUUAUUAUUAUUUUUUUGAAACCUUCGUACAGUCUGGGUGUCCAAUGCGUUCAAUUGAAAACAGGAAGAAGGUGUUAACGUAUAUUGUCUUGGAAAUUUUUGCUUGCGAUCUCAUCAGUUCCUUGGGGCCAGUUCUAUUUUGAGUGUUUUUUUUUUCUUUUUGCCACUUGAAACACGUGUCUUUUUUUUUAAAUGAAGAGUGACUGUUCAACAUUCGACACCUAACCACCCACCCCCCACCCGGUGACUGGGCCAGUGUUUGUGUUUUUUUUUGUUUUUUUGCUUGCCGAGUGACUGGAACGCACGCACAAAAAAUCGACGUGUGUUAUUCGAAAACAAGUGGACGUAAAAAAAAAAAAAAAAAAUUCAAAACGUUGGCCAUUUUUUUUUUUUUUCUUGAGACAAUUCAAAGCAUUUAGCCUAUACAAGGAUAAUCAUCAUUGACGCAGCGUAUACGCGACAACGUGGUUUUAUCUUCAUCACGCGGGCCGUCUCUGAAAUCCGACGGCUAAAGAAUCUGCGGGAAGCGCAACACGCCCGCUGCCCAAUUUUACUUCACCCUCCAAGUGAUUGGAUAUGUUAAUCGGCAGGUGAAAUUGCCUGGCCUCGACUAGAAGACUGAAGCAAGAGGAGCCGGCAAAAUACGCAAGCGAGAGAUUCAGCGGGAUAAACCGGUCUGCGCAACCAGGCCCGGUACUUUAUCGCUCAAUCUUUAACAAUGGACUUAGCCGGGGCGUUGCGAAUGGACGACUUGUCCAAAACAGACUUGUUCGAUUUCGUCUGUCCGGAUACACCGGCUGCCUUCCGCCUCAGGGAUCUCGGCCUCCACUUAUUCCCUGUUGAAGAGGAAUCCGCAGUGGGCACGCCGGCUGGACACCAUCAACAGCCGAACAGUGCGAGUGGCAGCGACGGUGGCAAGCAGCAGCUCAGCAAUCUCCACCAUCACCACCAACAGCAGCAGCAGCAGCAGCAUCACCACCAGCACCACCACCACUCGGGCGGCAUGCAUUUCGAGUGGAUGGCUGGAACGCCCAGCCCGGACGAAGGGUUCGGCAGUAGCGCCAACAGUGUCGAAGGCAACAGCAGUAGUGGCAGCAGCAGCACCAGCGGCGGCGGCCGCGGUGACGACGUCUUUUGCGACGAAUUAGACAAUCACAGCUGGACCAAAACGAGUGGUGGCAAUAGCGGAAGCGCGUCUGGCCAAGAGUACCACCAGUCGCAAUGUGCUUCGUCCAUGGAAGCCGAUUCGACGGUUGAACCCAAACAACAUCAACAGAAUCACCACCAUCACCAUCAUCAGCAAGACAUGCAGCAGCAGCAGCAGCAGCAGCAACAAGAGCAACAACAGACGAGCAAUUAUUUGUCUUGGACAUCGAACGGCGAACAAGAGCACAAUAGCAAAAGCCAAUCUUCGAACGUGAACGUCGAACCGAUGGAUUUGGACGCUCUCCUGCAGAUUGUGGGAUUGCCCAGCUCGGCCGAUGGCAUGUCAUCUGGCGGACACAUUCACACCGGUAGCUUCCUGUUCGGCCCGCACGACGCGCUCAGCAACAACGGCGACCAUUACGGCUCUGACCAGUACGGCGAUUCGCCAAUGGUCGUCAAGGCCAGCGCCAGUUUGCACGACGAGAACGAAGGCAGUUCGAGCGGCCAGCUCUUUCGCAACGAUCCCUUCCUGACCGCCACCGACGUCAAGUUCACCCUCGAAUUCGCCACGAUGCCGACGCUGGCCACGCUAUCUCCCCUACCGCCCGUGUCCACUCUGAAGCCACUCGGCAGCACUAAUUUCAGUGGCGAUUCGUUAUUGCGCAGCGCUUUGCAAGGCAAACAGGUAGCCGCGACGGUACCCGUGACGGCCACCGUCACUGCGCCCACCGCGGCGUCCGGUUAUCAAUCCAACAAGCCAUCAGCUCAUCCGGAGCUGCGCAAAGCGCUCUCCACGCCUGUUCAUAGUUUUAAGUCGGUCAAAGUGGGCAGCGUCUUGGAAAACGCUUCCGUUCAUGCGGCCGAUCCGGCCACACCGCCGUUGACGCCCCUCAGCAACGCCUUGUCCGGCACUCACACGUACGGUGAUUGUUCCAGUCCUCAGCAACAGAGGCACCACUGUUUGCUGGACAGCAACGCGGCGUCGAGUCCGAUGAGCGACGCCAGUUCUAGAACUUCGCCGGUUCGUGCCAACGUCAUGUACGACAACCGGCACGACGUCGGCGGGUCGACGUCCAUCAAAGAGACGGGCCCCACCACCUCCACCAUGAUGACGAUAGGCAACAUUUUCACGGGCGAGUACCAGUACGACGGGUCGGAUCGAACGGCCAACAGCAGCCACCCGGUGGCGGAAGAGAAUUGCAUGACUACAAUCGAGGACCUUCUGAUGUGCAACAUUGAAGAUUUGGACAAAUUGAAGACCUUCGAAAAGGAAGUGGCCGAAUCUUUGAAGAACAUUUGUGCAACGACCGCGCCCAGUGGGACCGGUGACUUCACCUCAUCGGCGGCGACCUCGACGGGCGCGCCGUCCAUCAUGGCCGGUAAUUCGCCGACGGCGACAGUCACCGUCAGAGUGGCAACCGGCGGUGCGCAACCGGUCGUCAAGACGCGCAAGAAGCGCGGCUCGAAAAAGAAGAAAUUGGCCGAACUGGCAACGCAGUUGUCCAACGACGAGGAUUCCGGCCGCUUGCUGGAGCCCGGAGAGGCCGUCGGAGUGGAGACGGGCACGAGACGGGAACGGCUCCUGCAUUACUGCAGUAUUUGCACCAAGGGCUUCAAAGACAAGUACUCUGUCAACGUGCACAUCCGGACGCACACGGGUGAGAAACCCUUUUCCUGCCCGUUGUGCGGCAAGAAUUUCCGCCAAAAGGCCCAUCUGGCCAAACACCAGCAGACCCAUACCAAAAUGUCGGCAGGCGUCACCAAGAGCAAACGGUGAGUCGGGCGACCUGUGUCGGUCUGUCUGCCUGCCGCCUCCCACCGUCUCAUUUCUUUUCGAUGAUUUUCGCCGUCCGCCCAUUGUCCGUCAAUGUCUCUCACUGUUUUCCGACUCGCACUGCCUGCAUCGCGCAAUAAAAAACAAAAAUGAUGAUUGAUGGAAAAAAAAAAUAAUGUUGAUUCGAUUACAAAGUGAAGGAGGUAUACCAACCGAAAAGGCAAAUGGAACUCAAAAAAAAAAGAAGAUCCGACAGCGGCAGAAGCACCCAAAAAAAAGCAACCCACUUUGGCACGUCUUGUGGGGGGGGUGAUGGUUUUCUUUUUGUGUGUGUGUGCGUGUGUUUCAAUGCUAUGCGUUUGACUUCAAUCAUCGAAACAUCUCUUUUCGACUGUGAUCCGUAGGCGAUAAAUGAAGAUGAUGAUUUUUUCUUAUUCGUUCUGGUAUAACCUUUUCCUAUGAAUUUCUGUAUUGUGUUCUAACAUGCCACAUUAUUUUUUUUUUUUUUUUGGCGUAUUCUACUCUAAACGGGGAAACAAAACAUCUCUAAUAUCUCUUUUUGUUUUGUUUCUCCUACAAGGCGAAAGGAAAAAUCAUGAAUAAUUAGUAAUAAUUCAAGGGGGAAAAUGAUGGAAAACGAUGUAAUCGUGUCCCGUCGUGUCCUUUAUUCGGUGCGCGCUAUCCGUGUUCACUUUCCAAUUCAAUGACCAAUUUAUCUCCGUCUCCGUGCAUUCUAGAUUGAAACGAGACACAAAAUCGAACAAAAGACAAAAAAAAAAAAAAAAUGGAAUAUAGAAAAGAAACAUAUUAUAUAUAAUUAAAAAAAAAAACGACAUUGUUCAUAAAUUUUUCUUUUUUUUUUUCGAAUUUUUACGUUUUCACUUGUAUCUUGGGAAAGAAACACCGAGGGCAAUAUUGGCUUUCUUAUUCUUUACCCAGGGAAGUGUGAUUAAUCUUUUUUGUGUCCCAAUAUGAAUUUUAUUCUCGACUAACGGGAUCCCAUGCAAAUAUCUAAGACAAAAAAAACUGUGUUCUUGUGAACUGUUUUCUAUGUUUCACAAUGAGAAACCAAAACGUUGGUGCCCACCAAUUCAAAACCGCCCCAACAUCGAAAUGGUAACAGACUACAAAUUGAGACAACAACAACAAAAAAAAAAAAAUGAGAAGGAUUCGUCCCUAUGUUUAAAAAUGUUUGUUCUGUUUUUUUUUGUUUUUUUUCUUUACUACAUUGGCAUGGUCCCCCCCCCCCCCCAAUUGUGUAUCAAUACUCAAGCUUUUUGCUAAGGCUUCGUUUCGUUGGGUGCAUCGCGUGUAUCGACUCAAAUGUCCAUCCUAGAACUAGUCAUUCCUAGGUUGUUGUUUUUUUUUUUUUUUCCUUUUUUUUUUUUUUUUUUUUUUAGAAUUUAGUUUUCAACAAAUUUUAACUCACCUCCAAAUUAUCAAACGUCGAACCACUGAUUAACUAUCACAUUCUAAGUACACCGAAAUUCCUUUGUGUUUUAAACUCUGAAUUUUUCAAAUAUGUCUUUUUUUUUUAAGUCGAUUUUUGUAGUGCCAAGUAGCGCGCGAGCUCAUACAAAGCUGCAAUUCUCUCACGUAACAAUCCAUCCUUCUGAAUCUAUCACUACAUGUGUUUUUU